AUGGAGCUCGAAUCGGCCAUCCCCUCCUGGCUCCUCCGGGACCGGACAGUCGCCCCCAGGAAGUCCUCAGGGUUCAAGCCCCCGGCGGAUGCGUACACUUCGCGUUUCCCGAAAUCGACCAAGGAUAUCGUCAUGGCCAUCAUAGGAGUCCAGUACGGCAAGGCCAACAUGAACGACGGCCGCGCCCUCGCGAAGAUAUCCUCGUACCUCACCGCGGAAGCAGUACCCUACCGAUCGCGGCCCGGCUUCCACGAGUUCGCCGCGGUGACCGACAACCGCGGAUUCUACAACAUCGCCGUCCUCGCGUACUGGCCUAGCAAAUCUGCGCACGCGGAGUGGUCCGCGGCGAGCGGGUUUGAGAGUUGGUGGGGCGGGCUAGAAGCAGAUGCCGAGCAAGCCGGGAACGGGUGGUUCCUCGAGGUCUUCCUCCCGACCGUGGACCGCUUCGAGACGCUCCACAACACGUCGGACCCCGAGGGCGCGGCCAACAUGCGCGACGACCUCAGCGGGCCGAUGCAGGAGCACGGAUACUGGGGCAGCAUGCGGGACAGGCUGCCGCUCUCGCAGACUGACCACAUGGUGGGCGAAGCCGCUGCGCUGGAGAAGAGCAGCCUGUCAAACGGCAGCUCAGGCGCCCGGAAGGACGGCACGGGGCCGCCUGGGAGGGUGCGCGUCCCCGGGAAAAGAAACCUCGCCGUCAUCCGCUCCGGCCAGGACUGGUCCGCCGCCCUGCCCGAGGAGCGCGCCCUUUACCUGGAGACGAUGCACCCCGUCCUCAUCAAGGGGAUGGAUUUCCUGCGGGACCACGGCGACGAGGUCGGGUGUUAUAGCUGUCGCUUCAUGGAAAUCGUCGAUGGGAAGGGUGCCGGCGGGGCGGACCGCACGUUCGGCCUGGCCUACUUUGACGAUCUGGCCUCGCUGGAGCGCUGGAGCAAGGAGCACCCCACGCACCGGGCCAUCUUCGGUGGCCUCGGGAAGUACGCGAAGAGGCUGGGGAAGGAUAUGACCUUGCGCUUGUUUCAUGAGGUGCUGGUGCUCGAGCCUGAACAGCAACUGUUUGAGUAUAUUGGUUGUCAUGAGGGGACUGGCAUGUUAGCCGCCCGAGGUGUCUCUUUUGCCCCGAAAUCUGACAACAUGGCCGUGGAGCAAAUUGUCGAUGCCCUGAGCCAGGCGUUUCCAAGCGAUCAAAUCGCGCUGCCUGGGACCGAGGCUUUUCAGACUUCAAAUGAUGUCUAUCUGUCUGCUCACCAGAGUGACUACACUCCUGCGGCCAUCUUUCAGCCCAAGAACACGCGGGAUGUUGCUGCGUUUCUCCGCCUCGCCAACGAGAAAGACAUCAAGUUCGCCAUGCAAGGCGGAGGCCAGCAGCCGCUUGAGGCUUGUUCCAACAUCCAAGGCGGCAUCACGGUCGACCUGAGUCUCCUCACGGGCAUCGAGCUGAAGGAUGGCUUGGUACCUGUCGGCGCCGGCGAGCGAUGGGGACCCGUCUAUGAGAAGGUCCAGGCCGCCGGGCUGGGAGUUGGGGGCAGCCGGUCCGCCAAGGGCGGCAUUGGCGGUCUCUCGCUGUCAGGCGGCCUCUCCUUCUUCUCCUCGCGGGAGGGUUCCAUUUGCGACAAUGUAGUCAGCUUUGAGAUUGUCCUCGCCUCAGGAGACGUCGUCCAGGCGAACGCCGCGGAGCACCCCGAUCUCUGGAGGGCCCUCAAGGGCGGCGGCAACAAUUUUGGCAUCCCGGCCUCGGACGCCAACUACCCAGGCCAAGUCGAGGCUCUCGUCAACGAGGUGCGCAAGCCCGAGCCCUCUGACGAGACCCACAUCAUGGUGAACCUGGGCUACUCGGCACAGUUCGGAGACCACAUGAUGGGUCUGAACCAAGUCUACCACACCGGGCCCGACGCCGCCUCGGCCUACGGCUCCACGGACGCGGCCACGGGCAAGAUCCGCGUCCCGCCCAUGCUCCAGCCCUUCACGGGCGUGCAGCCGCAGCUCGAGCAGCUCAACUCGCUGCGCAUCAUGACGCUCGUGCAGGGCGCCACCGAGCACGCGGUCAUGGCCACCGAGCGCCAGCGCUGCGCCUACAUGAACUGCACCCCGCGGGCCGAUAAAGAAGCACUUGUCGCCGCCGCCGACAUCUACUCCAGGGCCAUCGAGCCCCUCAAGCCCCUCGACGGCAUCACGCUGUGCCUGACGCUGCAGGCCUACCCCCGGUCCCUCCUGCGCAAGACCGCCGAGCGGGGCGGGAACGUGCUCGGCCUGGAUCCGCGCGAGACGCUGGUGACGAUACUGCCGCUGACGUGCUGGAGGAGAAAAGAGGACGACGAGCAGAUCUUGGGCGUGCUCAGGGGCGCCCUGGAGGCGAUUGAGAAGGAUGCUGAUGCCCGAGGCCAGAGGGUGCCGUAUACGCACCUGAACUAUGCGUCUGACUUCCAGGACCCAUUUUUCGUCUAUGAUCCUGAGGGCCUGUUUCAGAAGAACGUCCCCGGUGGAUUCAAGCUAUAUGCUUAG